UGCACCAAGACCUGCGGCGAAGGCUCCAGGUACCGCAAGGUGGUGUGUGUGGACGCGGACAAAGGCAGCGAGGUUCAUGGCUUACGCUGCGACAUGAGCAAGCGGCCUGUGGACCAUGAGAGCUGUAGUUUGCAGCCCUGCGAGUAUGUCUGGAUCACAGGAGAAUGGUCAGAGUGCUCAGUGACCUGUGGAAAGGGCUACAAACAAAGGCUCGUCUCCUGUAGCGAGAUUUACACCGGGAAGGAGAAUUAUGAGUACAGCUACCAAACUACCAUCAACUGCCCGGGCACUCAGCCACCCAGCGUCCACCCCUGCUACCUGAGGGAGUGCCCUGUCUCGGCCACCUGGAGAGUCGGCAACUGGGGGAGCUGCUCGGUGUCCUGUGGCGUGGGAGUGACACACAGAUCUGUGCAAUGUUUGACCAACGAGGACCAGCCCAGCCACCUGUGCCCUGCUGAUUUGAAGCCGGAAGAGAGGAAAACAUGUCACAAUAUCUAUCACUGUGAGUUACCCCAGAACUGCAAGGAGGUAAAGAGACUGAAAAGUACCAGUGAAGAUGGUGAAUAUUUCCUGCUCAUCCAAGGAAAGCUCCUGAAGAUCUUCUGUGUAGGGAUGCAGUCAGACCACCCCAAAGAGUACAUUACCCUGGUCCAUGGCGACUCAGAGAAUUUCUCCGAGGUGUACGGGCACAGGUUGCACAACCCAACCGAGUGUCCCUACAACGGGAGCCGACGGGAUGACUGCCAUUGUCGGAAGGACUACACGGCAGCUGGGUUUUCCAGCUUCCAGAAAAUCAGGAUAGACUUGACGACAAUGCAGAUCAUCACCACCGACUUACAGUUUGCCAGGACGAGCGAAGGGCACCCCGUCCCUUUUGCCACAGCUGGGGACUGCUACAGUGCCGCCAAGUGCCCACAGGGUCGUUUUAGCAUCAACCUUUACGGAACCGGCCUCUCUUUAACUGAAUCAGCCAGAUGGAUAUCACAAGGGAAUUACGCUGUCUCCGACAUUAAGAAGUCCCCGAGCCAGGGCAGAAACUGCUGCCUGUUAACAGCCUUCCCUCAGAACUUCUGAGCACCUGGGACAGGAACCUGACCCGUGGACAAAUGGGAAAUUGACCAGAGUAUGACCCAGGGUCCCAAGUCCUGCUUCAGCCAGGACCCCCACCCCGUGUAUCAGAAAGAGCUUUGCUUCUGAUACACAGAAAUGUGGGGAGGAGAGGAGAAAGAAGAUGAGCACUGGAGAAGCAGGUAUCAUUCCAAAGUAGGGUUGCCAGCUCAAAUACAGGAUGCCUAGGUAAAUUGGAAUUUGAAAUAAACAGGCAACAGUUUUUUGUUUUUUGUUUUUACUGUAAGCUUGUCUUAAACAUUGCAUGGGACGUAUUUAUUCUAAAAAAACUAUUUCUUUGAAAUUUACAUCUAACUCGGUGUCCUGUAUUUUUAUUUGCUAAA